AUGUGGUCGGCCAGCUGGACUUUUGCCGUCUUGGGAACGGCCUCCGUACACUUUUUGCUUCUGGCACUGAGAGGUGUCGCUCCUGCAAGAGCUGCUUGGUGCUGGCCAACCAAAGCUCCUCGUUGCCUGCUUCCGGACGUUCUGGGUGGGGCAUGCUUCCGUAACGAGACGGAAGUUUUGGAGCUCCUCCCAGGUGAGAGCUGUUAUCCGAGCUGUGCUAAGGGGGUUCUGGCCGGAUCGUGCACAGAGCUGAGAUGUCCGCCAUCCGGACCUGGGCCCACCUGCCUUGAUGACCUCACAGCUGACACGUGGUGGACGCCGUGCGGUUACGGGUCGGAAUGUCAGAAUGUGCUCGAGCUGGGCAGCCCGAGAUGGCGUGCGUUUGGCCACUACAGCUGCGAAGCUACAGGAGCUGGCGGAUCUUCGGCUUGUGAGUCUAUUGCCGAAGUAAGACUCCCACAAAGGGCUUCGUCACUGCAAAGCCUGGACAUGUGGACUGCUGUCUCCUUUGGCGUGCUGGCAGUGCUUGCGAGGUUCAGCCGCUUGAUCUCUGCGUGUGUGUCCUACAAUUGGUGUGGGGGCGGUGUCGCACGUUUCGUUUAUAGCCAGCCUUUCCGGCAGUGGUCCUUGGUCAACAUCCUUGGGGUGCUUUGCCUUUCUGUCAUGUGCCUUUCGUUGUUCCUGCUACCUUUCCCACGGAAGUCCAGCGGCAUCGCAGCUGGGCUCAGCGCACUCAUAACCGUGAGUUGGGCUUUCUCGAGGGCUGGAAUCCACAGCUAUGUUUUGAUGAGACGCGAGGCGGCUUGGCGCAUACACUACAUCUGCGGAGCUCUGACUAUCGGGAUCUCGAGCGUCCACGGGUCACUCAACGUGGCAGAGAAUGGCAUCCUUCGGGUUUUGUCCAAUCCCUACUGGUUCUGUGGGCUUGCAAGUCUCCUCGCCAUGAUCAUGGCGGUUCUACCAGCCAGGCUUCUCAGGCUGCCAUACGACCGAUUCAAGCAGCUACAUUUCCUGAGCGUUGCCGGGUACUUCUUCGCCCUGGCACACAUGCUGGGCCAUGCCGUGCAGCUGCAGACGAUUGCGUCGGUCUCGAUGGCAACGUUGAGUGCUUCACUUUUGUGUUUGUAUGGGCUUCAGAAGUUGUAUGUUCGCAUGUCAACGUAUCAUGCGGAAGUCCGAUCUGCAAGCGUCGUGUCCGAUGGAUCUGGCAAGCAUCUCUUUCUAUCUCUGGCCGUGGCAGGUUUCUCCUUCAAGGCUGGACAGUGGGGUCACCUCCUUGCAGAGCAAAUCUCUUCAGUUCCUCACCCCUUCACCUUGGUACCUGGAGAAGGACACGGGGAGCUGCAAAUCUUCAUGAAGGUCCACAGCGGCCUCACAGACAAGCUUGCCAAAGCUUGCCAGCGUGGCCUGGAGCUGCGACUAAAGCUGCAAGGACCCUACGGGCUGCCUCCGUGGCCCUUGCCGGGAGUUGCUCGAAUGGUCUUCGUGCUCGGUGGGGUCGGAGUCACACCCGCUUUGUCCUUGGCACCAGUACAGGUAGCAGCUCAGACAGUUCAGAAGGUGUGUAUCUUCUGGUCCUUGAAGAGCCUGGCCCUCUUGGAAAAGGUGGCGCCGCUGCUGGAGCCCCACCUGGACCCAAGAAGUUCUGUGCAAAUCGCGCCAGCCGGCGAAGCCAGCGAUCGGCCACUCCCCCUAAAGGCCCAUCGCAACAGGAUGGACGCCGGUGACUGGCUCGUGAAAUUGAGCGAGACUUUUCCAGAAGAAGGCGUCUCUCAAUGUCAAGUCAUGGUCUUUGUCUGUGGUCCGCCGCGGCUGGUUGCCGCCACGAAAGCAGCAGCUGGCAGGCUUGCGUGGCACGUUCACGUUGAGGAGUUCGCUUUCCUACCGUCCAGCUGUGGAAGCUCUGAUUCCUCCAUGGUCCAGACCCAGGAGCCGCAGGUCCUCGGCAGACGGGCACCGGCUCCGGUUCCACCGGAGCCGGAGCGCGUGCCCGAGUGGCCUCGGGCGGAGGAGCUCUUCGAGGGAAACAGGGCUGGGAGCAGGAGCCGCUGUGGCUCCUGCCUGCCGGGGCUUGCAUCACUGCUAAACUGA